CGGCCCCACCACCAACCCCCGCAUUUUCCACGCUCCCCACCAGUCGCCGGUCUUCUGGAGAGCCCGAUUGACUGAUCCCCGCCUCGCCGCCGCGCUCGUGUCCCCCCGGCGUUUCUCACCGGCGGGGAUCCGGAUGGCGCUGGAGCUGAGCUUAGCCUUGGCGGCGCCGCCGGGGGGUGGACUCUUGGCCCCACCCCCUCCCGCUCCGCCGGGGAAGGAGCAGCAGGUGGCAGGGGUGGGGAUCCUGCUGCAGAUCUCCAUGCUCGUGCUCUCCUUCGUGCUCGGCCACGUCCUACGCCGCCACCGCUUCUACUACCUCCCCGAGGCCAGUGCAUCGCUCCUCAUCGGACUAGUUGUUGGUGGGCUUGCUAAUAUUUCAAAUACAGAGACCAAUACUAGGACAUGGUUCAACUUCCAUGAAGAAUUCUUCUUCUUGUUCUUACUACCUCCUAUAAUAUUCCAAUCAGGAUUCAGCUUAUCCCCAAAACCAUUCUUUGCCAACUUUGGGGCUAUUGUAACUUUUGCCAUUCUUGGGACAUUCAUUGCUUCCAUUGUAACAGGGAUGCUUGUCUAUCUUGGUGGUCUGACAUUUCUAAUGUACAAACUUCCACUGGUUGAAUGCCUUAUGUUUGGUGCUCUUAUAUCCGCGACUGAUCCUGUCACAGUAUUAUCAAUAUUCCAGGAACUGGGCAGCGAUGUUAACUUAUAUGCUCUGGUGUUUGGUGAAUCUGUUUUAAAUGAUGCGAUGGCAAUUUCUCUUUACAGGACAAUGUCAUCAGUCAGAAGUAAUGCAGCAGGCAGUGAAAGCAUUUUUAUGAUGGUUCUCCAGUUUCUUGAGAUCUUUGUUGGUUCCAUGUCAUCAGGUGUUGGAGUUGGAUUUAUUUCUGCUCUUCUAUUUAAAUAUGCGGGAUUGGAUAUUGACAAUCUUCAGAACUUGGAGUGCUGCCUUUUUGUUCUCUUCCCAUACUUCUCGUAUAUGUUAGCUGAAGGACUUGGCUUGUCAGGAAUUGUUUCUAUAUUAUUCACGGGAAUGGUUAUGAAGCACUAUACGUACUCCAAUCUGUCAGAUAACUCACAGCGUUUUGUUUCCGCAUUUUUUCACUUGCUGUCAUCUUUGGCUGAAACAUUUGUCUUCAUUUAUAUGGGCUUUGAUAUAGCCAUGGAAGAGCAUAGCUGGUCACAUGUUGGCUUCAUCUUGUUCUCAAUUAUAUUUAUAAUCGUUGCAAGGGCAGCAAAUGUCUUCUCUUGUGCAUACUUGGUUAAUAUAUCACGGCCAGAACAUCGGCGUAUACCUCUGAAGCAUCAGAAAGCACUUUGUUUUAGUGGGCUUAGAGGGGCCAUGGCUUUUGCACUUGCUCUCCAAUCUGUUCAUGAACUUCCUGAAGGACAUGGAAAGGCGAUAUUAACAACUACCACAGCCAUUGUUGUUUUGACGGUACUUCUUAUUGGAGGGUCAACAGGCACCAUGCUUGAAGCUUUGGAUGUAGUUGGUGAUGAAAAUACAUCAAUAGAAAAUUAUGAGGAUAACAGUGGUUACAUUCCCCCAACUUAUGAGGAAGGUACAUCGUCUGGAGGAGGAUUGAGAAUGAAGCUCAAGGAGUUCCACAAAAGCACAACAUCGUUCACCGCCCUGGACAAGAAUUAUCUGACUCCAUUCUUUACCAGUCAGACUGAUGAUGAUACUGAUGAUUUUGGUGAUCAACCCCAAAACCUAAGACGAGGAUUCUAUGAUCAAUAGCAGAAUUUGAGCUGUCAGCUUGACAAGAUAUAUACUUUGCGAACUUCAUGGUAUCAUAGCAUGUGGGGUCAAGACUGGAACUAAUCGUGUAAAUAUACAAUUUCUCUUAGUUGAGUAGAGCAUAUGGCAAAGCAUACUGUAGCAUAGAAAUCAUAAGCCUGAUCAGGACAGCAUGCCUCCUGUAUAUAUGUACGGGGCUACAAUGGUACAUGGUGGAGUUCCACUUGAGAAGGCAAAGUUUUGUUGCAAACUUUGUCUGCACAAAGCCCUUAUCUUACAAAGAUUCUUGGUUUGUCGAUAGCCAAGCUGAUCAUUACCCAUUAUAUUGGCUUGGAAAAUGCUUGCUGUAUAAGGUGGCAGCUGCUGCAUCACACGUCAGUGGGACGUUUUCCAGUGACAAAUCAUUAGGGACAAGAACUACGUUGGCUUGGAAACUCUUGUUGUGAGCUGAUGAAGUAUAGCAUCAGACAUCAGUGAUGCCAUAGGUGAGUAUGUUUUUCAAUGACAAAAUUUAUUAUCAAAGCUUUUUGAUGUAA